GUAUGUUUUUCAAACUUUUGAUUUCCUGUUUAAAAUUUAAAGAGAAACGACACAUGUGAGUGUUUUAUUUUGUGUUUAAAGAGAUGCUCAACACAAACCAUGAACCAUACUUUAUUGAAUUGUCAGGAAGUGAGACUAUACGCGGAAUACAAGCCAACAAUGGGAUACAUAAAUAUUCAACUAUUUUCUCAAAGAUUGUCUGAGAACAUAUCAUUAGACAGCAAUGUUUGUGUGGAAAAUGACACUAUUAGGGUAGAAGAUGUGGAAUCGAGUGUUGCUUUCAAAUUUAAAGACAUUGUGUUUGAACCAACAACAUGCAGGAAUUUACAGUAUGAUAAGAAAGGAGAGGUCACAUUGACAGUACAGGUCAAGAGGCCCAGCAGUGAGACGCUGACUGUUGUACAUAGAAGUCAUAAUCAACAAGAAGAGUUUGUUCGAGAAAUAAAGGCAAACCAAAAUAACUGUUUUUGUCAAGUUUGUGGAGCAAAAAUUCUGAAAGAUUCUUGUCAUUUUUUACGUGUGAUGCCCCUCCCCUCGGAGAAUUGGUCCGAUUUCUCAGACAUGUGGUUUUGUCACAAUCAUUCACAUUCAAAUGACAGCGGUCAGGCAACCAACAAUCCUGUGAGCUCAGACUUAAAGCUUAGACCAAAGUUAAAGGACUGCUUGGUUGCGGAAACUUACUUCCUGGUUGUGUCUGAUCAAAUCAAGGAAGGAAACAUUCAGUCUAAAGAAGAUGUCAGUGUGUAUUGUAGGCGUUGUAGAAAUCUACUGGGUGAAGUGAUGCCCAGAGAGAAAAACGGUGUUUCUAGCAGUGAUCGGAAAGUCACAAAAAUUCUCAGGAGUUCAGUCCUUUUCCACUUGGAUCUAAAACCACAUGGUCCUGAAAGGGAACCAGUACAGCAUAGGGGGUUUGAGGUAGAGGACAUGUUUGCCAGUCUUCUGAUGGACCACAGCAGAAUGUACACAAGCUUCAAAUUGUAUGUCACCAGUUCCACAGAAGGCAAACCGUUUCAUUGUUUAAUAUGGAUUAUUGAUCCCAAACUGCUGAUUUAUAAGGGAAGUUCGCAUUCUACACAUGAAUUCCUUGCUCCACUCACUGCUGUAAAAGUUUUAUUCAAAGCAUUAUUAGAGCAUGAUAGCGAAAGUGAAAAAGAACAAAAGGAAUGGAAGAAAGACAACUCAAUUCAUAUAACUGCCCUUCCUUACGCAAGCUGCCUCACACUCUUACAGUUACUGAUUAAUAAUUCCAAAUCCUUGCCCAUAAAAUGCAGAAAACAUGAGGAAUUCAAUGUAGGAUAUUUGAAAUUCCAAAAGAAAGCAGCAACUCAAUGCUAAUAACAUCACGUACCAAGGACACUAAAACGCUACUGUUUGAGCCUGGUAUUAGUGUCAUGAAUAAGUAUACUUAGAAAAAUGUAGUAUGCGUACAUUCAUGUAUUUAUAUAUUCAUACUUGCAUGAAUCAAGUUUUUUAAUAAAUGAUGAUAAAUCAA